AUGGAUCUGUGGCUUUGGGCGCUUUACUUCCUUCCAGUAGUCGGAGCCCCAAAGGUCCUUCCAGAAGUAAAGAUGGAGGGAAUGCUGGGGGGAUCCAUUACCAUUGAGUGCCCACUUCCUGAAACGCAUGUGAGGAUAUAUCUGUGCCGGACCAUUGACGAGUCUGGAAGAUGCACCACCGUGGUGUCCAGCAGCAAAUUUGUCAGGGACGAAUUCAAGCACCGAGUCACGCUGGAGCAGUAUCCGGACAGGAAUCUGUUCCUGGUGGAGAUGACAGAGCUGACCAAGAGUGACAGUGGGGUCUAUGCCUGUGGGGUGGGUCUGAACACAGACCGAGGCAAGACCCAGCAGAUUACCCUGACUGUUCACAGCGUUUACGAGCCAUCCUGGGAAGAAGAGCAGAUGCCUGAGCCUCCCGCAUGGUUUAAUAGAUUUCUACAAAUGCACAUGCCUCCUUGGUUCCAGAUGCCUCCACAUGCCAGUUCUUUAGAAUUCAUGUCCAAAGUAACCACACCAGCUCAAAGGACCAAGUCUCCUCAAGCACACCAGGCUUCCCCCAACCCCUCAGUCACCCACCGCCCCCAGGUUUCCAGGGCAUCUUCGGUAGCAACUGCUGAGCCCACCAUCUUCCUGCCAUCCAUCACAACCUCAAAAACCUCAGCUCAGAAGGGGCUUCUCAGGCUCCAGACAGCCAGCUAUAACCAGCAAACCAGGCUUCACAGACAGAGAGCCUCCAACCAGGACCCGGGUGCUGCGUCUGGGAUGGAAGACCAAGGUGUCUUCGUCCUGAUCCCCACCAUCCUGGGUCUCAUACUGUUGGCGCUUCUGGGGCUGCUGGCGAAAAGGAUCGUUCAAAGACGGAAAGCUCUCUCCAGGCGGGUCCGCCGACUGGCCGUGAGGAUGCCCACGGUGGACGCCUCCCAGCGGGCCCGGUCCCAGCGGCCGCGCGUGUCCCGGCGGCCACGCACGCCGAGCAACAUCUACAGCGCCUGCCCUCGGCGGCCCCGCGGCGUGGACGCGGCUGGUGGAGGGUCGGCACCGCCCCCAGGCCCCGGAGCUCCCGCAGCCUCCACCCCGCCGCAGGUACCUGAAAUUCCCUGGCUCCCUGUCCCAUCUCUGAAGAUCGACUGUGAAUAUGUAAGCUUCUGCCACCAAACUGCUACCAAGGUGGAGGACACUGAUUCCAAUGACUACGUCAAUGUUGCCUGCCUGACUCACCUCUCCAGCUGUGCCCCUGGGCCCAGACCUUGGUGUCAAUGA